GGCCUCCUAGGAAAGAAGGUAGUUGCACAUAGUCCUGAGGAUGAGUAAGCUCUGAGAUGAGGACAGGUGGGUAGGGCGUUCCAGACAGAGAGACAACAUGAGCAAAGGCACAGAGAUGGGACACAGUGUAGGGAACCCGGGGAGCAGUUGGUCUUUCUAGGGUACAAUGAAACAAGAUGGUGGGGGCAGUGGAAAACAGGUGGGAGAGUCAGAAGGAAGCUGUCCCGUGGUCACACCUUGCUGGCCUUGCCGUACCACCGGGCCGCUCCCAGAGGCAGGGAUGACGUGGCUGCCCCCUGCGGUGCACACAGCAGGUGCAGGCAUUUUCAGCCUCAGGCCCCUCCGCCCUGUUAUUUCAGGCCAGACAUCCUAUUUCUUUAAGCUUGUCCCCACAGGGUGAGCAAACAGGUCCAGCUGGAUUAGAGUGUUUGAGAAGGGUUGUUGAGAUACCAAGGUUGUGUCAUGUCAUGCCAGGGGCUGAGAUUUUUUUUCCCCUCCACUAAUCUUUGGGUUGGGACCUCUCUGAAGAGGCAGGGGUGUGACCUGUCCCACCCACCUGUGAUUCCUGAGUCACUCAGCCAGCCCAUCUUUGACAAGCAUCUGCUGAAAGAAUAGCAUUUGUGCUAGGUGCUUAGAAUAUGCUGAGGACUGAUUUACUCUUGCCACUUGAAAACAGCCCCAUCCAAUUGGAAAAGUACUGCGUAAACGCCCAAGAAUAGGUCACCAGGCUUAGGAGCUGUAAUAACAGUAGAUGACUCCUAUUUAGAAUAAAUAAAAGGCUGAACCAGGCCCUGGGCUAAAUAUUAUAUCUGUGGCUUAUUUAAAUCUCUUAACAACCCUAUUUAGUUUUAUUUUAUGUUGUUAAGGAAACUGCAUACAGAGAGGUGAAGUAACUUGCCCAAGGUCAAACAGCUUCUGAGUGGUAGAGCCUGUAUUCAAAUCCAGAGAGUCAGCCUCCAGCCUCCCCACUGUGUAACCACUACUGCUACCCAGAAAAUCUACUAAGCCUUUUGUUUCAAAUAAAUGCUAUGAAUCUUAAGUAAGGAGCAAUUACUGUGGCUUGAGGGCAUCCAUAAAGGUUUCCUGGAGAAGGUAGGACCUGAUUUGGGCCUCGAAGAUAGAAAGGGGGGGGAGAGAACAGAUAUUCAGUUUAACUACUGUUCUCCUUUGAGUAGGCACGUUCAGCCUAGAACGGCAAAGCUCCAGAAUCCCAGGGAUCAUCUAGCCUCAGGGUUCUCACUCUCAGGAUGUAGACGUUUUUCUUUAAGUCAAAGACGAACCCAGAUCUUUCCUCUUAGAGAGGAAGCCCAGAUUCACCCUAACCGGAGACCUCUUUUAUUUUUGCUGCCUGGAGGAGAAGGCAGAGAAAGCAAUGGCUCCCUGAAGGCAGGAAUGAAAGGACACUUUAGACAGCAGAUAUGUGCAGGUGAAAUUUGUCUGUAUUCGGACCCAGUCAAACAGGAAGAGAGCAACAGAGGCAGACAUGUGCCCGGCAUACUUGCUCCUGCGGUAUAAUGAGAAACUGGAUAGACUAUUCGUCAGUGAACUCAACACACAGCACAUACACAUUGACUCCAAAGCCAUGGGUCCUAGAGGAGACGCCACUGGCAAAUCUCAGAAGAAACUCCAGUCUGCACAGCCCGCGAUCAACAAAGACCUCGGCACAGCUGCGAAGUCCCCGAGUGAACCAUUGUUUUGCUCAGACAAGGUCCAAAUACCCACCAAGCCAGAGCAGGAGGGCAUCACUCCUUCUGACCUGGCCAAGAUAGCCAAAGUGAUGAAGAACUUUCUUAAGGUGGACGUGGGUUCCAUGGCCUCCUUCAGCGUGGGCAGCAGCCAAGACCUGGACCGGCUCAGCUUCCAGAGCAGCAAGAUGAGUGAUCUGUUUGUCCGCUUCCCAGAGAAUCUCUUGCUGCACCGGGUGGAGAACGUCCAGGGCCACAUCCUCUACGCUUUCCUGGUGGAGAGCAAGGAACGAGAGGGACGGGUGGUGCACUUCGCGGUGCUCAAGGCCGAGACAGCCACUUCCGUGGCCAAGAUGCUGAGCAUCUUUACAGAGUUCAACUCAGAUUGGCCCAAGGUCAAGGUGGUCUUCGUGGACCCGUCCUUCCCUCACCGAGCCGUCCUACAGGAGGUCUUCCCUGGUGCCCGCACCCUCCUCUCCAUCUAUCACACGACCCGGCUCUUGGAGAAGAAGCUGCAUCGUAGUUCCGCAGAUCCAUCCUUUAAACGGCUCAUGAAGGAAGCCCUGCGGGAGGCCGUGUUUGUCACCUCCGAGACCAGCCUGCAAAAUCUCUGCCAGAUGUCUCGGGCCCUGCUCGAUGAGCAGCUCUUCAGCUUCCUGCAGGCCCACUGGUUCUCCUGUGAACUGCUGUGGUACAUGCACGUCAGGAAGGGCCUGCAUGCCUGCAGCACCUACAUGGACAGCCUGGACAUCGUCACCAGCAAGGUGUCGAGCCUCUUCCGGGAGCAGCAGUCCCUGCUGGACUGCAUCCUCCGCUUCGUGGAUUACAUAGACUUCUUUAACACCAAAGGCGUGAAGAACUUGCCCACCGCUCACCCCAAGUUAAAGAGAGCCCGGUCAGCAAGCACGGCCCCCAAGUCCAAGAAGCCUUCCGGCCUCUGCAGAGGGAGCCUCAGCAGGCCCCCCGUGCAGGAGGCCAAGCCAGAGCAGGUGCAGGGGCCACCGCGGCAGCCUCCCCCGGGGCAGCCCUCGCAGGGCGGCAUGCUGGCUUCCUUACGCCAGAGCAGCUCUGACCUGGCCUACAAGCUGUGCCACAAUGAGUGGGCGGUGGUGCAGAGCUCCACGCACCUGGUGGACGUGGCCGGCUACGCCGUGGACGUGCAGCUGCUCGAGAACUCCCACCAGGUGAGCAAAGACGGCCGCAGCUGCAGCUGCUCCUUCCAGCAGCGGUACCACCUGCCGUGCAGGCACAUCCUGGCGCUGCUACACACCAGCCAGAGGCCGGUGAGUGAAGCCAUGGUGUGCCGCCGGUGGCAGAAGAGGUACCAGCACCUCCUCGGGCCCAGCGGGGAGCUCCGGGACCCCAUUCUGGUCCCGGCGGAUGCAGGCCAGCCAGGGGAGCCGGGACGGAACGACAUGAUUCAGGACCUAAGCAGGGAACUUGCAAACCUGCUGAUGCAGAGUGAGGGACCAGAGCUGGAGGAGCGCUGCUCCACGCUGCGCAAGAUCGUGGACAUCUGGGCGGCCCCCCGCCAGCCUCCUGAGCCCAGUCACCAGCCGGGGGACUUCAGGGAUGUGGGCCACCUCCCUUUCCUCUGGGGAAAGCUGGAGGAAGAGGAGGGACUGGAUCCCGCCGGCACCACCAUCCACGGUUGAAGCACUUGCACUGGCACACUAGGCCGCCAGCCCCUCUCCCUAGCAGUCUGAGAGCUCAAAGCAGGCAGGACAUGCUCGGGAUCAGCGUUUUAACCAGCGUCUUUCUAGGUAGGGUUAGGAAAAUGGUUCCAAGAGAAAGAAGAGGAACCCUACUGGGUGACAGUCCUUUGAAUCUGCCCCAUUUCUGCCCUGGCUUUGGUUUUCCUAGGGAGCCUCAUUCAUUGUUCAAGGCCAAAGUUAUCUCCAUGCAGAAAGGUCAUUCCUCUUUCUCCCUGAACCCCUGAGAUCAGAUCUUAUUCACUUUACGGAGAUGAAACCCAGCCCCAGGAUAGGGGGAGAUAAAACGACCAGGUUUCAGGGACUAAAGGGAAGGAGGGUGCUACUUGGCUGUUGCUGCUCUUUACAAAGAAUUUAUUUGUACUUAUUUUUAUUCAUAUUAAAGUUUUGUUUUGUUUCUGUUCUUUAAAUAAAAGCAAAUAAGCAAGAGAAAUGGGUUCUGCCUGAACAGGGAAGGAAUCUGAUGGGGGUUGUGCAGCCAAAUAGAGUU